CCAAACAACGCAAGAACAGGUUCACUAGCACGGUUUCAGUAUCACUAGUCUCACAAUAUUAAUGGCAAACGUUAACGCCGAUCUUGAAUUAUAUCUCGCCAUCGAUGCCGCCGCCAACGACCUGAGCCAGAGGGAAUGCCCCUGGUAUGCAGUCUGGAACAUCUGCUUGAACCAAUACCUUUUUGCACACUCCAAUACCCAAACAACAGCCUGCUCGACAAUCCCUCAAUAUUCACUCGUCUGGACCUACGAUGUUGAUGUUGAUCAUAAUAUUACACCGUCCAGUCAUUCAUCAUCACCUGCUAGUAACCAUAUGCAAGUAUCUCCCCCCCCACCUCAGCACCUUCAACUUUCCAAACGCUCUGUUAAGAUACCUGAUUUUGUCCAAGUACUCCAUCGUGCCAUUCAACCACAGGAACUUCCGCCCCGCCAUAGUCAACAGCGUGUUAUCCUGACUGUUGAAGUCAAGCCAGCGCUCGAAGCCACUACCUUUGACCGCAUUCUAAACUCACAAGUGUCCAAGCAAGUUAUGUAUGCAUUUGCUUCUGAUCAUACUCUCCAGUCGCUUGGUGUGGUGUUGGCUUGUGGGUUAUACUGGGUGUAUUACGAAGUUGACCGGCCGUCUUCUCGCGAGUUGGAGUACUCAGAGAGGACCAUGUAUGACUCAGAUUAUGUGCCCCAGAUGGAGAUCUCCGCAGAUACAGAAUCGGACGACUCGGGCUCCUCAGGCUCCUCUGCCCUCAGUGACCCUCCUGAUAUCUUAUUUCACAUUCCUAAAUGUAUCGACUCUAUUCUUGAUGGUCGCAGCCAAUUCUCCCUCGACGACGUGCCACUAUUCGGUUUGGGGGAUUGCAGGGCGAUGGGACGUGCACCACUUGCGCUACAAUAGGUAAAAAGAGAGGCGCAAACGCGUGGUAAGAGGGCUGGAGCAAAUGGGCAUUGAAUUGCCAUCGUGAAUCGUUUAGGCCUUCAUUAUUAUGAUUCGAGUACUGAUAAUAUUGAAAUGCAGGUCAUUCAACCGGAAUGUGGCGAGUCCUCGGUGCUCCUUCGUUUUGUCUAUGACUAUGAAGUGAAUCCUAACUGCAUGCAUGCUCAGGUCACUCGCGGAAUCUAUACGGAUUGUCUCCUUAACUAUGAGACUGUCAGGUAUUUCGAGGGGAGAUGUAUGAGGCACAGAGGUAUAUGGAGGCUAUUGGGG